CUGAUGUUCAACCUGCCUAUGAAGCAAAAUUAGAGUAGAAGGUUUACUGCAGCUUGGUGAGCCUGGUUUAUUUCAAUUGCAACUUUUUCAUAUAAAAAAUGCCUGCAUCCAUUUCAAAUCAAUCGAUUGGCUCUAUGAAUUCUUUGAGCUCUGAUUCAUUUUUGAAUCAGAACGACAUCUCUCUUAAUCAUAAUAACAAUAACGAUAACACUGAGAACAUAAAAAAUGCUUCUGCCAAUUCUUCAGCUGGCAAUGAGCUGCUAGAUUCCAAAAAAUAUAACAAUGUAUCUAGCUUUUUAAGAGAAGCUGCCUCAUAUUGGGAGAAUGGUGCCAAAACAAUUGAUGAAUUAAUCACUCAAAAUUCUUUGUAUUUAAAUGAAAUCAAAAACUUGAAUAAUUAUCUAAAUAAUCUAAAAAAUGAAAAUGCUAUACUAAAAAAUGAAAACUUACUUUUAAAGAGUAAAUUACACAAUAAUACCUCCAAUGCUUCUAAUUUGAUCCAAAAUAUUAAUCACUUGAAAGAUAAAAAUAAAAAAUUAAAUGAAAAGGUAACUUUAUUUUCAAAAAAUUUUCAUAUAAGUGAAUCAAACUAUCAAAAAUUGAGAUUGCAAUUAUACGAUAUUUCUAAAAAACAUAAUGAUAUAAAUCUAAAUCUAUAUCAAACUAACGAAAAUAAAAACAAAGAUAAAAUUCAAGUUAACAACAAUUGGCUAUUUAUAAAAGAUAUCGAUUUAAAUCAUAAAACUUCUCCAUCCAAUUCUUCUAAUGAAGAUAUGAAUCACUUUAGCGAAAAUACCAAAAACGGCAUCAUUGAUAACAACCAGCAACAAAAUAACAUUUAUCUCAAUUAUAAUGAGAAUUAUAAUCAUAAUCGCAAUAGUAAUGAGGAUUUCAGUGAUACAGAACCUAAUCAAUUUAUAAAUAAUACAAACUUGAACUUUGAAAACCGUAAAACAAAUUUUCAUAAUAAUCUGAAUAAUAAUUUGACAAAAAAUCUUCAUAGAUCGUUAAAUCAUAAUUCCACUUCUAGCAUUAAUAAAGAUUUAGAUUUUGAAUCAUCAAAUGUAUUUCAUUCUAAAUCCAAGUCUAAUAUCAACUUUAUCUCCCAUUCUAAUGAAAAUAAACUAAGUGAUAACAUGAUUGCUAAAAAUAUCAACAAAAACAUUGACGAAGAGAUUAGAAACGUUAAUAAUAAUAGUAAUAAUAAUAUAGAAAACGACAAGUCCCAAUUAAAUUCAAGUUUUAAUCUUUCAAUUGAUGAUAAUAAUCAUAGAUUAUCUACUUCAACAACAUCAUCUGUUUUAUUAAAUCUGCCAACUCUUUCGAAGAUUAAUAGUCCAAAAAUUGUCCGAAAUAAGUUUGUUAAUAAACCCACUGUAUUUGACACACAAAACAAUUUUAAUAAAAAGAACAUUACUCAAAAUACAAAUAUCAACCAGAAAUCAAAUUUAAACCCAGCUUCUACUUCAACUUCAACUUUAAAUUUAAAUUUAAAUUCAAAUUCAAAUCCAAAUCCGAUUCCAAUUCCAAUUCCAAACCCAUAUAGUAAUUCGGAAUAUAAUACUGUUAAUAGUAGUAAUAAAAAUAUUAAAAAUAAUAACAAUCAGUUUUUGCCCGCAAAUCCUUCACAUUUUGCUCAAUCAUCAAACACAUUUUCUCCUACCCUAUCAUCUACAAAUUUAACAAAUACUUCCUCAUUGUUCUCCAACCUGCCAAAUCCUUCUUCAAUCACUUCCGCCUCACUUUCUUCUAUCUAUAAUAGAUCAAAUACUUCAACUCCUACCCCAAGUGUUAAUCUAAAUCAAGCCUCUAACUUGCUUUCUUUAUCUCAUUUGAAAAAUUUAAAUGAUGUUAUCUCUGUCAAAAUAGUGCCAGCUUCAACUUUCAAAAAACUUAACAAUAAUAAACGUUUGAAUAGUUUUGUUCAAAGUUUUAAUAGAAACGACAAUUUAUCUGAUGUCAUUGAAAUAUAUGAGAAUUCCUUGUCAUUUUCUAUCAACAGUAAUAACACAAAUAAAUUUGAUUACAUUUUUAAUGGUAAACCAAUAAAAUACUUUGAUGUACGACUAAGAGAUCUUGAUCAAUUCAAUACUCACAAAGGAUUUAUAACUUUAGAGGUCAGAAAAGUUAUUUCUUAACUUCUUUUUUAAUUACCAAUUAAACUUAUGGUUACUAGC